AUGCGCUCCCUGGUCCUCCUCUGUGCCGUGGUGACGGCUCACGUCACCUGGGCGAGCCGUCAUCCAGCUCCUCUCUCCUCAGAGAUGAUCAAUUACAUCAACAAGGCCAACACCACCUGGACGGCCGGACACAACUUCCAAAAUGUUGACAUCAGCUAUGUGAGAUCGCUGUGUGGGACCAUGAUGAAAGGGCGCCGGCUGCCCGAGGUGAUCCAUAACGUUGAAGGCAUAAAGCUCCCUGACAGCUUUGAUGCGCGUCAGCAGUGGCCGAACUGUCCCACAAUCCAACAGAUCAGAGACCAGGGCUCCUGCGGAUCCUGCUGGGCCUUUGGGGCAGUUGAGGCAAUAUCGGACAGAAUAUGCAUCCAGACUGAGGGUCACACCUCUGUGGAGAUCUCUGCUGAGGAUGUGCUCACCUGCUGUGAAGACUGUGGCAUGGGCUGUUUUGGUGGCUACCCUGCAGAGGCUUGGAAUUACUGGGUGAACACUGGACUUGUGACAGGAGGCUUGUAUGGCUCUAAAGUGGGCUGCCGGCCCUACACCAUCGCUCCCUGUGAGCAUCAUGUGAACGGAACCCGUCCUCCCUGCCACAGCCAGGAGACUCCCAGAUGUGUUCAGCAGUGCAUUGAUGGAUACGAACUCUCUUAUCCAAAGGACAAACACUUCGGCAGGCGUUCGUACAGUGUCUCAUCCGACCAGCAGCAGAUCAUGACAGAGCUGUACAAGUACGGCCCUGUGGAGGCAGCUUUCACUGUUUAUGCUGAUUUUCUGCAGUAUAAGAGCGGUGUGUACCAGCAUCUGACAGGGGAGAUGCUGGGUGGUCAUGCCAUUAAGGUCCUGGGCUGGGGGACCGAGGGCGGGACGCCAUACUGGCUGGUUGCCAACUCCUGGAACACUGACUGGGGUGACAAAGGUUUCUUCAAGAUCAAACGUGGAAGUGAUGAAUGUGGGAUUGAGUCUGAGGUGGUGGCAGGAACCCCACACAACUGA